AUGAUUGACUGACUGACGAGCGCAUCAAUCGAACCCGCGAGCUCGGCGGCACGGAGAGGGGAUUCUCUGCGGGUGCAUCAUGGUUUCCUCCCGACGCUCGUCGGACGCCCUUGCCUCCCCAACAGACGCAGAAUAGUGAGAGGCCGUCUCCUGCUCAGCGACUUCGGGGUUGAAUCUCGAAGCACGGGUCUCUUGAUAUCUCCGAUACUUGUGCCUCUCUCACUCCUGUUUCUGUUGUCCCGGCGAGAAUGUAGCUUCCCCUCCGCCGAUUCGUAAUUGGGGGAGUAUCUUCACGACAGGGACACUCUGAGACCUUCUGCACUCGAGCUGGGCGAGGAGCAAAUCCUGUCUGUGCCCCGUACAGAAAGAUCACAAAAAGGACAUUUCGUAAGCAUCCGAAUUGUCCCAGGGAUCAUCGCUUCAGAAUCGAGCGGCUCCGAAUCUCCUCCGAAUCAGCUGCUCCUGGAGAGAGAGAGAGAGAGAGAGAGGGAGUAGACGGAUAUUGGAUGUUCCAAAGUGCAAGCGGGUACAGGUUUCAGUUGAAGCCCAAAUUGAUUUCGCUGCAGUCUCCUCUCGCUUGUUGCAGCACCGAAGAUGGGCAGGCUCAGCACCAACAAUCAAAGGGAGUAACUGCAUGGACAGUAGCGAUGGUGGUAGUGGUAGUAGCGGCAGUAGUAGCAGCAGCAGAAUUGGCAGUAGCGAGCGGUGCUCAGCUCAGCUUAGACAGGGACGGUCGAGUGAUAGGGAAUUCUGCAAAUGGAUGUCUGAACAGGUGCAGAAAUCAGGCCUGGUGAGGGACUCGCGAGACAGGUCCGUAGUGGUAGAAGGAAUCCAGCGCUCGCGUUUGGACGGUGCACACUUGCAUGAAGCGGAGGUUGCACAAACAGAUGCACCUCACGUCAGACUCAGGAUUCUGGACAGGAAGCGUUGAGGAUCCCGGGGACUAGUAGUAGUAGUAGUAGUACCAAUCACCAAGCACCAAGCUGGGCCUUGAAAUCCGAAUUCCCCAAGCAGUCGAGAAUUCUAUCAGAGAACACAAGUCACAAAGCACACUAUUGUGAAUCAAUCAAGGGCUUUACAGCAUGUCCGGAGGACGAGCUGGAUCUGGGAUUUUGGCUCUGACAGUAGCGCUGUCAUUGCUCUGCUCUCUGGACUUGUCAUGCGCACAAGAGCCAGGUUUCAUCAGUAUCGAUUGCGGUGGGAGCAAAAAUUACACCGAUCUUGUGACGGGCAUAAAGUGGGUCACGGACGACGGGUACAUCGAGACGGGUACGAACGUGGAUGUGACUACGAACUUGGCCAAUACCGACAACCUCGAAGCUCUCAAAACCAGCAGAUGCUUUCCUUCCACGGCCAGCGGCGCGAGGAAGAAGAAUUGCUACACGCUUCCGGUCACUCCCGGCAGCAGCUACUUCGUGCGAGCUUUCGCCCUCCAUGGCACGGGGCCCGCAAGCCGGAACAUCAUCGUGUACACCGCAUCGAUCGACUCCACGAGUUGGAUCAAAGUCUCCAUCUCCGCCAGCGACAGAAAUUCGCCCUUGUCUGCAGAAGGGGUCUUCGUCGCCCAGAGCAACACGACUUCCAUUUGCCUUCAGGACAUCGGAGAAGGAACUCCAUGCAUUGCAUCUCUGGAGUUGAGACCUCUCGGCAGUGCUUACAGAAACGAGCUGCAAUCCAACAUACUCGGACUGGUCAGACGGUGGAGUUGUGGCACUGAGUUGUCCUCGGUAAGCAUAAGGUAUCCUCUGGACGAGUUCGAUCGAAUCUGGCAGGGCACGCACACAGCCAGCAUCUCGGUGCCGCGCAUCAAAACCACGUUGCCUUUACCGGACAAUGUGAUGGCAGCUCUGAACGAGGACAGACCUCCGGUGUCCGUGAUGCAAAAUGCGAUUGAAAACAAUUACCUUCGGCUGCCGGCUGAUACCGGUAAAUAUGCGCCUCAGACGGACAAGUUCCGGGUGAGGUUGUACGUGUGGGACUUCGUUCCGUACACCACGAACGCCACCUCGUUGCGGCAGUUCGAGUCACGUUACACAAUGGGCUCGACGGAAGAGCUAUUUACCUCAUUAAGCUUUAAUGCAUCGAAUACGGUGACCAUCGAUUCCACCAAAGUGACACUCGACACCACUUCCGAAAUCACGAUCUUCCACUUUAGGUCAACGAAUCAGAGUCAACGUCCUGCUCUGAUCAAUGGAUUCGAGGUGUUUGCUGACAUACCUCUGCAGCCGUCCUCGUACCCGAACGACGUCAGCGCUCUCGUGAAAGUCCAAAACGAUUUUGGCCUGUCACCACUCUGGGCCGGGGAUCCUUGUUUGCCCAACCCCUGGGACUGGAUCAAAUGCGGCACUGUCAACAGCGUCCUGCGAGUCAUUUCAAUAGACUUGACGAAUGUCAAACUCAAGGGCGGAAUAUCGUCUAGCCUUUGGAAUUUGACGGAGCUGGUCGAUUUGUGGCUUACCGGUAACGGCUUGCAAGGAACGAUUCCCAGUGAAUUAAGCUCCUUAAAGAAGCUUCGGACUUUGCAUCUAAACAAUAACAGCUUGACGGGCUCAGUACCUGCAUCACUGGCAAAUCUUCCCGUGCUCGUCGAACUGUAUAUCAAUGACAACGACUUAAGCGGAACAGUGCCGCCAGAACUUUUGAACAUCAGCAGAUUGCAUAUCAAGUCUGAUGGUAAUCCCAAACUGCAGUGUGUUGGUGCCUGCGAUACGAACAAAGGAGGUUCCAAAACGGGGCUUAUCAUCGGUGCAGUUUGUGGAUCUCUAGUGAUUUUCAUAAUCGCUAUCUGCGCAUGCAUGUACUUCUAUCUACGACCGGGGCCAAAGACUGACAACCACGCCGAUCUCUUAGAAAAGAAUGAACUUUCGUCAGUUGCCCUGGUUCCUCCACACCCAAGCCACAGGGUUGCUGUAGAGCAAGGUUCAAGAACUUUCACCCUGGCGGAGAUCAAAGCAGCUACGAAGGACUUUCAUACCAUGAUUGCAGAAGGUGGCUUUGGUCCUGUAUAUUAUGGUAAGCUGGCAGACGGACAGGAGGUUGCUGUGAAAGUCCACAAGGGUUCAGGCAGCCAAGGAGCUACGGAGUUCUUUAUGGAGGUGGACUUACUAUCGAGAAUUCAUCAUAGAAAUCUCGUGUCCCUGGUCGGUCACUGCCAAGAGUCGCAGGAGCAAAUCUUGGUAUACGCUUACAUGAAGAAGGGAACCGUACGCGAUCAUCUCUAUGGUGGGGGAAGGCGGGGUAGUCUCGACUGGCGCACGAGACUGGAAAUAGCUUCCGAUUCGGCACGAGGGUUGGCGUACUUGCACACUGGUUGCCAACCGCCCAUCAUCCACCGGGAUGUCAAGAGCAACAAUAUCCUAUUGGAUGAUAAGAUGAGAGCAAAAGUCGCUGAUUUUGGAAUCUCUAAGGUCCAUGGGGAUGACCAGACAGCAGUGGAGACUCGCAUCAAGGGAACAAUAGGCUAUCUGGAUCCAGAGUACUUCUCAACGCAAAGGUUAACAGCGAAAAGCGACGUCUACAGUUUUGGUGUCGUGCUCUUAGAAAUCGUCACCGGCCGGCCUCCAAUUGAGAAAAAUAGCCACCUGAAGGACAUGGUCCAAGGGUGUUUACGGGACAUUGAUAUGAAAGCUAUAGCAGACCCAGCUCUGGAGGGAGAUUAUUACAUCGAGGCUAUGUGGAAAGUCGUUGAACUAGGUUUGCAAUGCCUUGAAAAUGAUCCAAAAGACAGACCAGACAUGAUCGGUGUUUUAAGAGGACUCACGGAAGCUAUGGAGCUUGAACGCGGGGCUCGUGCUUAUCAGCAACCAUCUAGCACAAGAAUGAACGCUUCAUCCAGCUCCUCUGCAGCCCCGGGAGGUCGGAAACCAUCAGACCAACUACAUUUCAACCUCUCCUUUCGUCCUCGUUCGUCUGAGCCUUCUGCGUCUACUUCGACAGACUUUGUAACUGGGCUGAUCCCUCGAUAAAAUCACUGUGAAAAUGAAUUGGCAGUUUGAAUUUCAUCAGAGUAUCACCGACAACGUUAGUGGCUACUUUCGCUCAGUCCUCGUUGGAAAGGUCCCUUAAGUGUGUCAAGUCAGGACGAGCAUGCCUCGAUUCCUUAUCGAUAAUCUUAGUAAAGACCACGGGAUAGGCUUACACACUUGACACACGUGAAACACUAAGUAGUCCGUAUUUCAGUUUCGAUCACAGAGUCAAACAUCGCCUGCUCAUUGUUUCACGUGUGUGAGAUUUGUGACUCUAUCCCGGGAAAUUCAGAG